AGAGGAGGAAGCAAGAAGAGAGAGAAAGAAGAAAAUAAAAGCUCGAUAACAGAAACCAAAAGCGCAAGCGCUAAAAUCUGAGAGCUUUAAAGCUCACGUUUAUUCCAACUCUCAGAUCAGUUCACUGCACAAAAAUAAAAUGUCGAGCUUCCUGGAGCCGGACGCUGGUUCCCCAUCAAUGUCCAAAACCGAGGACAAUUUGUCAAACAGCGAGGGCCCGCUGAUAAAAAAAAAUAUCCGCAAUCACACUUCCAGCACUGACGUAUCUGGACUGAAGCGAUCUCCAUCGCAGUCAGCAUCGCAGGACCCAUCUUCAUUUGACAGUGAGAAAAAGCGGUACUGUCUGUGGACCCUGACGUUCAUCCUGGCGAUGAUAGGAUUCAGCAAUCUUCUCCUGAGUAUUACGAUAAUUUCUGUUUUGAGAGUUUCUCAGGGGAUGGAGUCUCUGGAGAUAAUUCCUAGUGAAAAUCUGGUCAAGUUUUUUGGAAAAACGGACCUCGAUAGGGUUUGCGUCGAAGAAGGCGUAUGCCAAGGCUACGGCGACGAGCCAAUGGAGUUAACUGGCGACGACUCAGGAGUCCACUUGAAUGUAAAAAAUCGGCGACAUGACCACUCCCGAGGGAACUUAUGGGUCCUUAAAAACGGGACGACAGUGUCUCAAAUAGAAUCUUUUGAAAUAAAAGAUUUCCGAACAGGAGAUCCGUUUUUCUCGACGGACUUUCCGAAUUUCGGACUGCCGAGUGGUGUAUUAAAGUUGAACGUCAGAGUGGCCCAGACCCACCGGAUAGUUUCGCCGAUAAACGAGUCGCUGAGCGUGGACUCAAACCGCGAGGUGACUAUGCACGGAGCUGAGAGCCUUCGGCUCGACAGUAAGCAGAUAGUCUGGAUGGCGGACAACCAGGUCAAGCUUAAGAGCAACGACUCGAUCGUCGUUGACGCGGCCAACGGUGUCUUCCUGGACACUAAAAAAAUCCCGAUUGCCUCGGGAGUUGUCGGAAGCGGAAGUGAGUCAUAUAAAAUUUGCGUCUGCAUGCCGGAAGGAAAACUCUUCAGGGUUCUAAUUCCUCCUGGUAAUGUUAGGGUGAAUUGUGCGAGAGUCAGCAUGUCUGCUGACAAUCCUUGUUUGUAAUUUUUAAUUAUUAUAAGGUAAAAUCACCAAUUUUUGGAUUAAAAUAUGUGAACUAUUGACAUUUUUAA